GUAAAAAAACACCCCAAAGAAUGUCUUCUGGACCAGACGCUGGUGACCGUUCCAGGUUUGCCAAACUGGGAAUGGCAAUAAACGAAGAAUUAACCCAGGCCUGUAGAGAUGUCUUAGAAAUGGAGGUACCUCCGGGGCUUGUCUAUAACAAAGUGAAAUCGUCAUCGGUUUAUAAAAACAUACGCCCCGAGCAAGAACUUCGUCUUAUAGGUGCCAAAACAGAUGGUUAUAAACAAUUUGAUAUUACAUUGUUAUAUACACUGAUAAGAAACAUAUGUACAAAGAUUCCUCGUCCAACAAAAGGUUGGGGUGGAAACACGAUGCCGGCAAUAGGACAAAUAACGACCGGUGAUGACGUUGAGAGAAUCAGAUUGUUACGAAACAGCAUGUUUGGACACAUAAGCUCGGCUUCUACCUCAAAGACAGAUUUUGAUAACACGUGGUCAGUCAUAACAGAUAUCUGCCAAAGAUUGCAAACGUGCACAAAGAAAGACUACAUUUCUGGUCUUAGUAACAUUCAAAGACAGACCUUGGAAGAGGAAAACGAAACAACAGUCAUAGAAAAACUUAGAGAAGAUUAUAAGAAUAACCAAUGUUUAAUGGAAAAGAUGUCUUUCUUGGAGCAGGAUUUGUUAGAGUCGAAAUUAAAAUCGGAAAACAAAGAAAAUACACUGGUAAAAGACAUUCUGCAGAAUUGGCAAGAAGAAGACAUUGCCUUCAUUCCUACAAGAGCAAGUGAAGUGGUUGAGGAAAAGCUUAAAAGUCAGAACCUAAUCGCGCUGGUUGGUAAUUCUGGUUCCGGAAAAUCUGCAAUAAUUCAACAUAUUGCUCUCAAGUAUAAAGAGCGUGGAUGGAAUGUCAUACCGGUGAAUAAGGUGGAAGAAAUAAAAACGAUCUGUUCAAAUGGAGUCUCAGAAACUCGGUUUUUGUUCGUUUUCAAUGAUCCUUUAGGUAAGGAAUCUUUGGAUGAAAUUUCAUAUCAUUCAUGGAAAAGUUUUGAGGAAAUGCUAGAGAUGUGCUUGAAGAGAAAUAAAUUAUUGAUUUCAUGUAGACGAUGCGUCUUUUAUGACAAGAGAGUCAAGGGUAUCCUAGUGGAUGAAUCUACUGCAGUAGAAAUUGACAACGAAGAAAAUGGGCUCACGGUUGAAGAGAAAAGAGCAAUUUUUUACCAGUAUUCACAGAAUAUGAAAUUAACCCAAAAUAUUGAAACUGAAAUACUCAAAACAGAUGCUUACUUUCCAUUGCUUUGUAAGCUUUUUUCAAGGGAGGCAAACUACAAAGAAAAAGGAGUUGAUUUCUUUAAAAAUCCGUACAAAUUUAUUAAACGGGAAAUUGAAAUUUGGAAGAAAAACAGACAAAAAGAAAUUUUGCUCUCUUAUGUUGAUUUCAUUCGCAGCACUCUAAAUGAAUUGAAAGUAUCUUAUGUUAAACGUGUCGGACAUGGCUUCCAAUUCCUUCAUGACUUUGUUAUGGAGAUAACGACUCUAGUAUUUGGUAUUGAUUGUCCACAAGGGACAAUGCAGUACGCUGAUAGUGGUUUUCUACGACGCGGAGUGAGGAUAGAGGACGAUACAGAAGAAGAAGAUCGCGAUCCCUUCACUGUUUACCUGCCUGAAGAGUACAUUGGUGAUCUUGUGGACAGGUUUAUCAUUGACAUGCAAACAGAACGACUUAUAGAUGUUCUACUCAAUCCAUGUUUAAGGAAAGAGAGUGUCAUAAAAACCUUUAAAGAAAAAGUUGAUUCACUUGAAAAACUACUUGUCAGAAUAAAAUGGAAAAUAGACAGAUCGGAAUUUCCAAACGCAUUUGAAGGCGCUGAAUUAGUAAAGUUUGCUGCCAAUGUCAACAAGUUUACAACUUAUGGGAACUGGACUCCAUUAAUGUUAGCUGCUGCAAAUGACGACGAACAUUUGAGAGAGACUGGACUUCAUACAAAAGAGGGAGAAGACCUUGUUACAAAGAGCAUGUUAACACGUCCCCUACAUGCAGCUUCUCACAAUGGAUAUGAUAGCAUUGUUCAAUUGUUACUGAACAACGAUGCCGAAAUUAAUUUAUGUAACAAGAAUGGAACCAGUCCUCUGUUUGUAGCUUGUCAGAAUAAACAUGAUAGCACGGUACAACUGUUACUGAAAGGUGGGGCCGACAUCAAUGUAUGUAACAAGUAUGGAGCAAGUCCCUUUUAUUUGGCUUGUUACAAUGAGCAUGAUAGCAUGGUACAAUUAUUACUAAAUAAAGGUGCCGAUAUCAAUUUACGUUGUGAUAAUGGACCCAGUCCCCUUUAUUUAGCUUGUUAUAAUGGACAUGAUAGCCUGGUACAACAGCUAGUGAACAACGGUGCCAACCUUAAUUUAAGUGAUAAUGAUGGAGUCAGUCCUCUUUAUAUGGCUUGUCAAGGUGGACAUGAUGACAGAGUACAACUGUUACUGAGCAAUGGUGCCGACAUAAAUUUAUGUAAUAAUUAUGGAGUCAAUCCUCUCCACGUUGCUUGCUAUUAUGGACAUAUUAGCACGGUACAACUGUUGCUUAAAAACGGCGCAAAUAUCAGUUUGUGUGACAAAAGUGGAGCAAGCGCUUUGUGGAUUGCUUGUCUAAAUGAACAUGAUACCACUAUACAACUGUUACUGGAUAAUGGCGCAGACAUCAAUUUAAGUGAUAAUAAUGGAACUAGUCCUCUUUAUAUGUCUCGUCAAAAGGGAUAUGACAGCACGGUACAACUGUUACUUAACGAUGGCGCUAACAAAAAUUUAAUGAUAAUUAACGAUAAGCUUUAG